AUGACAAAACUGAGCUUCGGAAUCAAUCAACCCACUUGGGGCCACGUUGUCUGGUUAGAAACUAGCUUGAGUGUGAGCAAGCAUCCGUCUCCCAAUAAGCCCAAUGAAUGCUCUUGCAGAUGUGGCUAUCUUGGCUUGCAGGUUGCCAGAAGGCGGGGGGGCUUCACUGGGCUUGAAGCAGCCUUGCAGUUUGCUGGCUCCUUUGGCCUUGCAGAGCGGCUGCGCUUAUUCGGAGCCAUUCCGAUUCCAAGUCACCAUCUCCGUGUAUACUUCCGUUACUUGCAGUCGCAAGCUCAUAUCAGCCUGAGCCAUGUGGUUGUUCCAUGCCACGUGCGCAUUUCGGAGCCCGCAGAAUUACAGAGCUGGGGUCACGUUGGCUCGAUAGAAACUAGCUCGAGUGUGAGUAAGCAUAAGUCCAAUGAAUCUUGCAGAUGGGGCUAUGUUGGCUUGCAGGUUGCCAGAAGGCGGGGGGGCUUCACUGGGCUUGAAGCAGCCUUGCAGUUUGCUGGCUUCUUUGGCCUUGCAGAGCGGCUGCGCUUAUUUGGAGCCAUGCUGAUUCCAAGUCUCAGCUGUGCUGCGCUUUGCAAUGGCAAGCUCGCGCUGGCCUGA